UGCGAGUGAGUGAAACGAAAAAAAGGUACAGCCUACCUUACCUAAUACCUAUAGUACUACCACCCACGCGAAUUAUUAUUGUUUUCUCCCGUAUUUUGAUUUUGGUGGGCUUAUAAUAUUUUUGUAUUGUAAUUUAUAUACGUUUAUCAGUAGCAAUAUCACAAACUAAAACAAUAAAACGUAGGUAAUCCUUUGAAAUUGGAACUUAAAUAAAUCAAUCAGAAACCUGUGUUGGUUGGUUGAUCUGUUUGUCUGAGCUGUGCGAAGAGUUGUGAAGUAAUUGCAAAAUGAUGAAUAUGAACAUGAAUAUGCAACAAAGAGAAGAAAAGCAAUUGGAAGCCACAAUACAGGCCAUUUUGACCAGGGUGAAUGAUUUGAAGGUUGCCAUCCAAGCGCUUCUAAAUAAAUUGGAAACUGAGCAUGAAACAAUUAACUGGCCAACCUUCUUGGAUAACUAUGCUAUCUUGUCUGGUCAUUUGACGGGUUUGAGCAAAAUUUUGCAAGCAGAAGUGGCAGCAUCACUCAGAUCUAGAAUAGUGCUACCUCUGCAGCUGAGUUGUGAACGUGAUGAAUCUUUAGUCCGGUUGACAGAAGGGAGGGUGCCUGCUUGUACCCAUGACCUGGUGCCCGAUUUGCUGAGAACUAAGCCUGAGCCUCAGGCUGAACAACGGUUGCAGCAAUUUAACCAUAAAGCCAGCACACUCAGUUACGAUACAGCUCAGAAACAAGUUGCACAAUUUGCUAAAGUUGUAAGUCAUGUGUGGGAAAUCAUUUCAAAAGGACGAGAAGAAUGGGAAGGUGAAUCUAUGAGAUCUGCAGGUAUGCAACCAACACAUAUUAUUUCGGACACCCACGCCUUAGUAACAGCUGUGGGGACAGGCAAAGGUCUUCGCCCGGGAAUGCCUCCAAUGGGACCUGGGGGAGUGGGGCCGGGACCUAUGGGGCCCGCGCGUGGCCCAGCUCCCCAGAUGGGACCUGUGCCUCCAACCAUGCCCAAAGCACCUUCUGCUAUCAAAACCAAUAUCAAGGCGGCCAAUCAAAUACACCCAUAUCAGAGGUAAGAAUAAGAAAAAAAUGGUAUGAAGAAGGAAAUAAUAAAUUCUUAUUGAAU